AUGUCCGCCGACUUCUGGGCGGGCUACGUCUCGGGCGCCGCCAGCAUCAUCAUCGGCAACCCGCUCGACCUCGUCAAGACGCGCCUGCAAGCCGGGAGUGACGCACGAAGUGUAGACUCCACCUCCACCGCCGCACCGCACGGCAACACCUUCAGAGGCCAAUUCGACCGCGCGGGAACGCUGGUCAGGGGCGCAACCGUGCCAAUCAUAACCUACGGCGCCCUCAACGCCCUCCUCUUCGUAACCUACAACCGCACCCUCGCGCUGCUCUCCUCCACCGCGCCACCCACCCCGGACCCCUCGUACGCCAAAAUCUGGCUCGCAGGCGCAACCGGCGGCCUCGCUUCCUUCGUCGUCUCCGCGCCCACCGAGCUGAUCAAAUGCCGCGCCCAGGUCUCCACCGCGCAGAACGUGACAUCGUGGUCCAUUGCGCGCGACACCUGGCGACGCGAGGGAAUUAGAGGUCUGUACUACGGCGGCGGGAUAACGAGUGUGCGAGAUGCGGUCGGCUACGGAUUCUAUUUCUGGUCCUACGAAUGGAGUAAGCACGCCCUCGGCUCUCCCGACGACACCGACAGACAAGCCGCCAUGAAAGUCCUGCUAUGCGGCGGGUUCGCGGGCGUCGUCACUUGGGCGUCGAUAUUCCCGCUAGAUGUCGUAAAGACUAGAGUCCAGACUCAGGUCUUGCAUGCUGCAGAACCUCCCGCGCGAGGCGAGCAGAACGCGCUGCUGGGUCCCGAAACGCAGAGGAGAAGGCUGAGUUCCAUAGAGAUUGCGCGGCAAGCGUACCGCAGCGAAGGGGCGGGUGUCUUCUUUCGCGGGUUGGGGAUAUGCAGUGUACGUGCGUUUGUCGUCAAUGCUGUGCAGUGGGCUGUGUAUGAGUGGAUGAUGCGGUUCCUCCAGCAGCCAUGA